CUUAUUUCAACACGAGACUUGAAGUUGAUCUUUCAGAUUAAAAUGAUGUGGACUCUGAUUUCUCUCAUUUGUUUGUUGCAUGAAACAGUGUCUGUUCCUGUAAUUACCUUUGAAUCUUCACCAGAUUUCAAAUGCACAAUAUCAGCCUCCUGUGAAUCUGACUCUGGAUCCCUGAAAGUUCUGUAUGCUUGGUAUGAAAAGACCUCGUCUCAAGAUUCAAAGAUCUCUGACACCAAAAAACUGGAUCUACAUUGUCGGUUCUUCAAACAGAAACAUCAUCAAUAUUACUGCUCAGUCUCAAAUAUUUGGGGAGUGAUUAUCAGUGAAACAGUUGAUGUGUCGGUCAUCCAAAAUUCAGAGAGGCGCUGCAAUUAUGUGGCACAAACCAGCAGCAGAAGAAUUGAAUUUAACUGUGAAGCUUCUCCGACAAUGUCACCAGCAACUUCAACAACAUCAUCAAAAACUUCAAGAACAUCACCAACAAAUUCAAGAACAACACUGACAACUACAACGAUUGCACCAACUAUUUCAACUACAGAUUCAACCAUAUUUUCAAGGCCUGUGAAUGCCAGUGAAAGCUGCACUGCCUACGAUGUAGUACGUUGGGGGCUCUUUGCUGUCAUGGUGAUUUGGGCUGUUUCAGUCACGGUAUAUGCAAGAAAAUCUAAGGUACAGCCACUCGCUGAACCAAAUGGCCACAACAUGUCCAAAGUGGGAAAAUGAAGAUCUUUGGGCUAUGUAUACAUGGAUAGAAUUUUGGGUCCAAUUCAUAACCUGCCUCGUUGCCAAUUUCAGAGAACACAAUGGACUUUGUCAUCAAAUCAGCUUGGCCACAAAACUGGGAAAGGAAGAAAUAAAAACAAAAAUAAAGUCAUUUCCUCGAAGUUCUUGUUUCUCUCCCUGCAUUUCGAUAUUAAGCUACUGUUCUUCUACUUCCUAGAUGCACAACUGGAAUGUUUCAAAAUAAAAAAGAGAAGUUUACAGUGAAACUUGCCAGGUCUGGCAGCACCUGCAGGAAGAAAGCAGAGUUUUAGUGUUUUAAGUCCAGUGACUCUUCAGCAGAACUCUUCUGAUGUGAAACAUUAACUCUGCUUACUUCCCACAGAUGCUGCGUUUUGCAAUUUCUUGUUUCUGUUACAGAUUUCCAGCCUCUGCAGUUUGUUGUUCAUUUUACUUUAGAAUUAUUUCGUAUUUUUGUCAUAAACUAUGUCAACUUCUAAGCCUAUAAAUAUCAUGACCAUAUGAAGAUUGUUUUGGGACAAAUAGGCCCAUUGAGUUAUUCAUUCACUGGACACUAAUGUCUCAAAUAAUACGUUGCACUUUUACUGGGUUGGAAUGAUAUUCAAUUGUAACAGGAUUGUCAGUGGUCUUACAGUGUAAUGCAGGUACAGGAAGCUAAACAUUGUCACGAUUCUGUGGAGUAGUGCACCGGAAAUCAAUCAUAAAUGUGAAAAUUCAAUUAAACCCUUAAAUUGCCGAAUUUUAUCUCACUAUCUAAUUCAACUUAACAGAAUAUAAAUAUCAUGCUUUUUUAUUAAUGAAACAAGCGGGCUAGGAAACAAGGUUUCACUCCAUUGAAGACACAUUUAUCACAUAUGAGUAAUGUGAUGUAUUAAUUUUCAUGCCUGUGCAAUGCCUGAUAUGUAGGUGAUACAUCCCAAGGACUGGUGUUGAUAUCAAAUAGCACAUCCUACCUGCUGUUUGCAAAAUAACAAGACCCUGACUGUACCCAACGAUCCCAGUCUUGCAAAAUCUGCAACACUGCGUCCAGCAUUAGAUGUGC